AUGAUUAUCACAUUGAAAACGUUACAGCAGCAGUCUUUCAAGAUAGAUGUUUCUCCAGAGAUCACAGUAAAAGAAUUGAAAGACAAAAUUGAGUCAGAGAAAGGGAAAGAUUAUCCAGCCAGUGGUCAGAAGCUUAUUUAUGCAGGCAAAAUUCUAGAUGAUACCAAGAAAGUUGAGGAGUAUAAAAUAGAGGAGAAGAACUUUGUGGUUAUAAUGGUAACAAAGCAAAAGCCACAGCCAGUAAAGCCACCAGAAGCACCUGCAGUCACGGAGGCACCUGCAAAUACCACAGCACAGGCUGCCCCGGCAGCGGCGGCAGCAGCAGCUGCUCCACCUGUGGCAACAUCACAGAGCGCUAGACCUGCAGAGCCUGGCUCAGCUCCAAGCACUGCUACAGCCGCAUCAACGGUGCCGGCUGCCGCAACAGCAGGUCUGGAGGCUCGCGGGGACAGUCUGCAGUUUGCUGAGAGCAACCUGGUCACUGGGCAGGCGUAUGAGAACAUGGUGCAACAACUGCUGCUGAUGGGCUUUGAGAGGGAGAAUGUGGUCAGAGCACUCAGGGCCAGUUACAAUAACCCAGACAGAGCUGUGGAAUAUCUGCUGGCAGGCAUCCCUGACCAAGGUGCUGAUCAAGAUGCAGGGUUUGGUGGUCAGACCGCUGCAAGGCCCACUGGAGAAAGUGAAUCUAAUGUUUCUUUGGGUUCGGAUCCUUCCUCAGAAUCGCUAGGCGUGUCUCAAGCAGAAGGGAGUGGUGAAGACGAUCCUUUGGCCUUCUUGAGGUCACAGCCUCAGUUCCAGCGAAUGCGAGUGGCCAUCCAGGAAAACCCCCACCUGCUACCAGCUCUCCUGCAGCAAAUUGGGCAGAAUAACCCUCGUCUUCUCCAGGUGAUUAGUCAAAACCAGGAACGUUUUGUGGCCAUGUUGAAUGAGCCUGACGUGGCUGCAGACCCAGAGCGAGACCAAGGAGCUGGAGGCACGCGCGCCCCUGGAUCAGAGUACAUCUCUGUGACACAGGAAGAGAAGCUGGCAAUCGACAGGUUGAAGGCCCUUGGGUUCCCAGAAGCCAUGUGUAUCCAGGCUUAUUUUGCUUGUGAUAAAAACGAGGACUUAGCUGCAAAUUUUUUAUUGUCGCAGAAUUUUGAUGAUGACUUCCUGCCAAGCUGA